GCCGACCUGGGCCACAUGAAAAGGCACCUAGCCGCCGCCGCCGCCGCUGCCGUCCGCCGUCCGCCGCCGUCGCCCGCCCGCACAGCUCCACGCCUGCCGCCGGUUCCUCCGAUCCUCCGAGCGGGCGUUCCCCGCCCCGACCCAGCGCUUCCCCGGCCCCGAUGGAACAAGGAGACGGAUCGGCAGCUGCUGCGGCGGAGCAACAGGCGGGCGGAGCAGAGGAGCAGCAGCUCGCCGAAGAUCUCCUCCACCGCUUCGAGCGAGUCCUCCACUCUGACCCCCUCAUGUAUUGAUGAGGUGGGGUUCUUGCAUCCCACACAGUUCAACUCACUAGGCUGCGGCCAGGACGGCGAUUCCGCACCCCAAGCUCCGGAAUUGCAGCACGGAUACUUCUGGUGCAGAGACCACAAGCUUGCCAUCUCCGCCGAGAUCCUGCCUAAGCUCUACCGCGCCGCCCGCGAUGCCUACUACAGCUCCAGAAAUGCUCCACUACCGGCGACUCAUCUCAUGAGCCACACCAAGGCGCUUCUCAUACUUUGCCCUGACAUGCUUACCGCAUGGAACUCCAGGAAGAUGGUUCUGUCGGAGAAAUAUGAUUUCACAAAGCUCAAGGAUGAGCUGCAACUGUGUGCGCUGAUCCUUUCCUACUCACCAAAGAAUGAGAGCACAUGGAGCCAUAGGAGAUGGGUGUUAAAACAAGUUGCAGAGCAACAUCAAGAUAUGGCAGAGCUUGUAGAGAAGGAAUCUGUACUAGUGAAAGAGAUAGCAGAGAGGUCAAAGAUGAACUACCGAGCAUGGAGGCAUCGCUGCUGGCUUAUUCCUUACAUGACAAGGAAACAGGUGCUGGAUGAACUGAAGAAGUCAACAAGAUGGAGUGAGCUACAUGUUGCUGACAACUGCUGCUUUCACUACCGCAGGUCCCUGCUUCUUGCACUACUAGACAUCCGAGAGAACAGAGAGGAUUCCCUCAGUUGGGAAUCAGAGACGUACCUGCUCUGGAAGGAGGAGCUGAGGUGGAAUGAGAUGCUUAUCAGACGCUACCAAGGGCGAGAGUCACUGUGGAACCACCGGCGGUUCCUUUCGCCAUGGUGGAUACAGCAAUUGCUUGCUGUUGAAAAAACCUGCCCCUCAAUGACAUCCCAGGUGGAUCUGUUCAUAAUCCAGGAGAUAGGCCUGCUGUCAGAGUGCCUGAAUGACCCUGUGGAUGAGUUCGAGGAGUCACACGUCCAAGCAGAGCUUUCAGCGCUCUACAUUCUGUGGAUAGCAAAGCAAGUUCCCGCUGUAAAAGGGAAGCUGGAAGAGAGGCUGCAUUCCGUUUCCAUUAUGGGGCUGAAGGACGUGCUGGUAAGAGCCUGCCGACCGGAGAAGAUGCGGCUGUGGAUGAAUCUGCUUGGCUUGGCUGAUCCAUCACAAUGACGACAUGGCGUUUCUUAUUGACAUUGACGGUGUCUGCCUCGAUUGCAGUUGUAAUGAAACACAUGGAUUGCAUUUUGUAACCAAACACACACGGCAUGUACAUCUCCUUAGGCAUUUGGUUCAGGUCCUCUGUAAUUGCAAACCAGAUUAAGCAGGGGGUUGGGAUUGCCGGCAAAGAGGAUUGGAGGAGGUGUAAUGUUUAGCUCAGAACCAGGUUGCUUA